AUGUAUUCUUCCACAGGCGUGGAGCAAUGCAACGUAGCCGCCUCCUCACCUCAGCAAUCCACAUACGCGGCGAGCUGGUGGCCGGCGCAUCACGAUUCGAGCAAGCGGCGCGAACAGCGGCGCGGGUUCGAUCCUAGGAAGCCCGCGUCAAUCCAGCGACGCGAGCUCGGGUCCUGGCAGCAUCUAUCCCGCACGGGUACCGUGAAGGGUGGCCAGCAGAUCCGAGUCCGCGGCGAGGUGCAUUGCGUGUGUCUGGGCAGAGACAGAUGCAGACGGGGCCGAUCUAAUGUGGAUAAGCCAGGGUCGUCAUUGCGUUUCAUGAGAGACGCACUGCGUCAGAGGGGCAGAGUGAUUGGGAGGCAGGAUGCCUUGUACGUAAACUUCAUUGGCGGCGUACAUGAAUUGAAUACCGCGCGUCUGCGAUGGAGAUGGACGUCUGGCAAGGGCAGCGAGGGACCCGAUAUUUUUGGGCGCGCGUCAUUACUUGCCGGCCAGACCAGGCCAGGCAAAGCGAUGGAAAGCGGGAACUCAGACACGCGAGAGAGAGAGAUUCCGCCGGGCAAGUGUCGACUCGUUGCGGUGACGCAAUGUGAAUGUGGAUCAGUAGCUCGCGUACGGCGUGGUGUUGAGGAUGGGUGA